AUGAGCGACGUCAAAGAUCUCGACAAGGCCGUUCGAGCCACCAGCAUCGAUAUCGACGCCGGUCGUGACACUGGCACCUCGUCCGGUUCAAGUGUCCAGGCUCCUUUCCAACAUGGCAACCCCGAACUGGUCGAGACGAGUCCCGAAAGGGGUGAAGAGGUCAAAGAGGAGAAAAGUUCCUGGCGCACAAAAUUGGCAUACUUCAAGACCUGGGAUUUUUGGUUCAUCUUGGGCCUGGGUCAGGUCCUGGCUCUUUGCAUCACUGGCACGAACACAUUGACCACACUUCUAUCCAUGGCCGGGACCAGCAUCCCGGCUUUCCAAUCCUUCUUCAAUUACGUGUUGCUCAAUCUCAUCUACACGAGUUGGACCAUCUACAAAUAUGGGUUCCGGAAAUGGACCAAACUGUUAUGGCGAGAUGGUUGGAAGUAUAUUAUUCUUGCCUUCUUCGACGUUGAGGGCAACUACUUCACCGUCCUCGCCUAUCGAUACACGACCAUUCUUUCGGCGCAACUGAUCAACUUCUGGGCCAUCGUCAUCGUCGUUGUCAUCUCCUUCUGUUUCCUCAAAGUCCGCUACCACUGGGCUCAGAUCCUGGGGAUCUUCGUGUGUAUUGGUGGCAUGGGUAUUCUCCUUGCCUCGGACCACAUCACCGGCUCCAACGGCGGGUCCGUCUCCUCGGGGAACCAACUGAAAGGCGAUCUCUUUGCACUGGUCGGGGCCACGGCUUAUGGACUGUCCAACGUGUAUGAAGAAUGGUUUGUCUCGGGUCGUCCCUUGUACGAGGUCAUUGGCCAGCUCGCGUUCUGGGGCAUGAUCAUCAACGGUGUCCAAGCCGGUAUCUUCGACCGCCACUCGUUCCGAACGGCCCACUGGAACUCGAAAGUCGGCGGUUACCUGACGGGCUACACAUUUAUCAUGACCAUCUUCUACACCCUGGUGCCGAUCCUGUAUCGAUUCUCCAGCGCUGCCUUCCAGAACAUUUCUCUGUUGACCGGCAAUUUCUGGGGUGUCAUCGUCGGCCUCCGGGUUUUCCAUUACCAUGUGCACUGGAUGUAUCCUAUCGCAUUCACCCUCAUCAUGAUCGGCCAUUUCGUCUACUACUUCGGAAAGGGCGUCAUGGGAGAAGCGGCCAAGGCUUGGCUCGGCGAGAAUCAAGAGAGAGGCAUCGACGGCUUGGGGUCGGCGAAGCGAAGAAUCAGAAAGAUUCAAGAGAGUACAGCUGGUACCGGAGGUAGAGGUAUGGAAGGCACCGAGAGUGCCGGCGUGGUAUGA